AUGUCUGAAGGUUAUGAAGAAAUAACCUCAUUGUGGGGAGAUAACUACUGUUUGAACUUUCGGGAUCUUAGCACGUUGUUUCCGUGUGAUGUAAGUCUUAUUUUGUAUCUUUUAUGAAAUUUCAAAUUGAAUUUUUGACUAGAAAACUAAAAUUAUUAUUUUUGAGAAAAAGUCUGUCAGUUUUAACUCAAAAGUACUAUUGUUAGUCGGUAACUUUAACAAAAAGUCUAUGCAUAUCCCUUCUAUCAUAUAAGGGUUGUCCAAAUAAUUCUGCGCCCCCUAACCCCAAAAAUUUGCUUUGAGAGUUAGUAUAGAAGUAGUCGAACAACCUAAUCUAACGUACUUUAGGACUACCAGCUCGUAUUUAUCAUAACCGGAUGUAUUGCGAUAGUUGUUGGGUAUCUUGCAACAAUAGCAAUAUUCGUGGAACAAUAUUACAGAAACCAGAAGCGACGUGCCAAGUACUGUAAAGCACGAAUGGAGCUGAGUGCCGAGUAUCUGGAGCAGUUGAGGGAACAGCGACACAAAAUUAUCGAUGAAACUGCCUUGAGUAAGUUGUUUUUUUUAUCUUAACUUUUUGUAAAAGGACAUUUUCAUUGAUUGUAUUUACUAAUGUCGUAUUGUGUUGUCAUUUAUGUAAAUUUCUUUAUGAUUAACUUAUGUAAAUUUAUUUCAGAAAAGUGUGAAAUCAAAGUUUCUCCGACCGGCGAAGAGCACGAACCAACUGAAUUCGAGACCUGA